AUGGCGGACCCGAGGUCGGACGUUUACAAUGGCCAUCCUCACGGCACGUCGAACUCCACGCCCCAUGCUGGGCAGCUGCCACAACAGCAGCAACCCGCAAUGGGCUUCACCAGGCCCUUCACCCUCUCUGAGGCCCUUCCAUACACGCCGUUUUCUUCCAUCGCGCCCUUCGACUCAGAUAUUCUUCCUUCGCCAUCAUUAGGUUCCGCCUUGCCUGCACCACCAGUUACCGACCUGGUGCCAAAUCAUGAUUUCGUAACGUUGAAUCAAGAAGCCACAGCUCAUAGUCCACCAUCAAAACGCCUGCAGCAAGCUGUUAACCAAGUUCAACACUUACUCGAGCGUGGCAAUAUUCCCGAUAACUUCAAGACCGGCCCGCGGGCUACCCCAGCAGCCUCGAAGGCCCCGAGGUCUUCUUCUCUCGCUGUACAUCUCACGCCGUUUGCCAAGAUGGUUCACGACCAGACCGCGAUACCGUUUCGAUUCCCAUCGCCCGAUACCCCCACAACACUCGCGACUGAUCGCCCAGCGACCGCGCAGAGCACGCCCAUCCCCGCGAAACUGAGCGUGCCCGUUCCGAAGAAGCCGGUCCAACCUAAGCACGAGCGGAGCCCCGUUACGCCCGUUAACCGACAACCGCAUACCCACCACAAAGCGCGGCUUGAAAUAGUUUUGCCGACUAAGAGUCAGCUUGAAGCUGCUGCUGCUGCCGCUGCCGCUACUUCGGCGCAUAAGACGGAGAACGCCGAGGCUCCAGCGACGUCUACCACUCCCACACUUCACGACAUCCCGCUAUAUCCUCAAGCAGUCCAGUCAUCAGCGCAGCCAGUCACUGUCGAUGGGGUCCAGAGUCCGGCGCUUGGCCUUCCAGCCAAGAGCUCAUCAGUCGCGCCAUCGGGGCCGCAGCAACUAGCCAUUAAACUACCGAGCGCGAAGAAGUUCAACAAGGAGGAGUACAUGGUUGUCCCUGAUGAACCCGACGAACCGGUCAACUUGUCAUUGAAGAAGGGGAAGCUGGAGGACCUCGACGGUGACGACCUUUAUGGGGAGAGUUUGGAUAUGCGCCAGAGGGCAGAUGCAGCGUUGCAGGAGCUUAAGGUUUUCUUGCACAAUGCGUUCCACGCCGAAGAUCAUGCUCUCGCAACACGAUACAGCAAUGAACAAGUUUCGUUCCUUUCCGAAAACGAAGCUACCCUAACCGCGACUGCCCAAUCCAAGGCGCAAACGCUCCUCGCCAAGGCCAUAUCAUUGAACUGUUACAAGAGGGUCCCACUUGACCACCUUCUCCGCCUGCUUCGACUUUCCGAGGGAUCUUUGAAGUACAUUGAGUCACUCGACAUCAAACUGGAAGACUCAUGGGGCGCUGCGGAAGUGGAGCAAUGGCUUCAACAGUUACCGCUGCUUGAAACCGCAAUGCGCGCCGGCCGGACUUCAUUGAGGAUAAUGUGCGGCGGCCGCGAGGAUAAACAACUUUAUCCAGAGGAUCUAAUUGAGCGCUGUCUCAGCUUGUGCAAGCGCCUCAUCGACGGGGUCGUCCUUCCCAUCGUGGAGCUGAGAAGCACCCAAGCCACGGCCGAGCUCUUCAGAACGAUUUCUUCCAGUAAAAAGAAGAUUGUUGCCCUCUUCACGGACUGCCAAAAGCUCUUUUCGCUCAUGUCGACCCUGAUUUCCAAGGUUGACACCUCCGAAACCGUCACUAACACGCUAGAAUUCGCGGCAUCUCGUCUCAUCUUCAUGGAAACUGCCAACGCCGAGAAGGACUCCGUGAUCGACACCCAAAAGUUUGACGGACUCCGCUUGGUCGCUAUGGACAUGCUCUCGCAGAUCUUCCUCCUCAACCCGUCUCAGCGACAGGGCAUCUUUGAUGAGAUUCUCACAUCAUUAGAGAAACUACCCCUUGGUAGGCGGGCCCGAACCUUUAAGCUCGUGGAUGGCAACAACAUCCAGCCCGUUUCGGCCCUCAUCAUGCGCCUUGUUCAGACUAGCGCUGGGAAGGUGGACGAGAGAAAGAAUAAGAGCCAGAGUGGUAUAGCUUCCGAAGUUGGUCAGGAAACGAACGGCGAUACCCAACGUGUCGCGCCAGAAAGCUUUGCGAUCCGUGACGAGGAUCAUGCCUCGGCGCAGCAUACUACUGCCAUCCAGGAACUCGACAACACGGCGACUGGGCUACUCGACACCGCCAAAGCCAACGCUUCGUACGUCGUCAAGUUUAUCGUCAAUCGGGCGCUCAAGUCGACCAAGUCUGGGGAUACUCCUUACCGGAAUCUGCUGGAUCUCUUCGUGGAAGAUUUUACCACUUGCCUUGACAACCCGGACUGGCCAGCUGCCGAGCUACUCCUUCGGCUGUUGAUGGUCAUGAUGGUGAACCUCGUUGAGAACGACAAGUCGGGCGUUCCGGCCAAAAACAUGGCAUUGGAACUCCUGGGCAUCAUGGGCGCUGCGAUCUCCAAACUCCGUGGCCAUGUGAGGAAGGUUGCGAGUGCUCUAGAUUCAAGAGAUACGGACGAAUUGGGGAUGUUCCUGUCCGAUCUGGCCGCAUCUGCACUCGAACUGAAAUCCCGGCCAGAACAUAUGGUAUCUUGGACCGGACCUUACCGCGCGACCCUCGAAUACCUCGAGAGCCGCUUCUCCGAGGACCCUCACCUGGCAAGCGCCAUAUCUUUUAUCGUAUCCGAUUGGGGUACCAAAAUCUGCCACUGCUACGAUUCCUUUGAGGACGAUCAGCUUGAGAGAGAUCAGGAGCUAGGUCGCAUGGCCUACCGGCUCCGUGAGAUGAUUCAAGACCGCCGCUGGCUGUCUAAUGAGUACUCGUUCAAGAACGUGAGCUCAGGCCAGGCGAGGCUUUCUUAUUCCAUCACUCUCCUUCGGUCUCAGCUUUGUGAGGCGUUCAGUGGCAUCUUGAACAUCCUGCUGAAUUCGAUGGCUAGCGACCAGCCGACGGUGAGAAGUAAGAGCUUGAAGAGUAUCAACCAGGUCUUGGAGACCGACCCGUCAAUUCUCGACGGGGACUCGGUUGUUGUCCAGCUCAUCCUCCGGUGCUCCAACGACUCGUCGACGCAGGUCCGUGACUCUGCACUCGGCCUUAUGGGCAAGUGCAUCGGCAUGCGGCCAGCACUUGAAGAGAAGAUGACCGAGACCGUGGUCGACAGGUUUUCCGACGCAGGGCCCGGCGUGCGGAAGCGCGCCAUGAAGCUAGCUAAGGAUAUCUAUCUACGGAACAGCAACAGGGGCCUGCGAAGUGCGAUUGCUAAUGGCCUACUGCACCGCGUCCAGGACCCUGAGGAAAGCAUCCGAGAUCUUGCGCGUCAAGUCAUUGAAGAGAUUUGGUUCGCUCCGUACCACAGCGAUGCAAGCUCCACAGCAUCGCAGAUCUCUCUCGCCGAACACGUGUCGCUCAUGGUGCAGACGGUCAAGAGAGGGAACGUCGCCAACGUCCUCGACAAGGUGUUGCAGACCCUGCUCGCUACUGAAUCUAAGACAGCACCAGCAUCGAUGGAGGUGUGCACGAAGCUAGUCGCGAGCAUGUUUGACCUCGUCGAUAAUGCCGAAUCCAACGACCCAUCCAUCCCGUCGGGUCGCGAUGUCCUCCAGGUGCUGAUGAUUUUCGCCAAGGCAGAAGCCAGUUUGUUCACCUUCGAACAGUUGCGUCUCCUGAAGCCGCAUAUCACAAGCAUUAUAAGCAGCGAUGAUUUGGCAGUGUCCAGGGCGGUGGUCGUCAUCUACCGUCGGGUCCUUCCCCAGUUGUCAAGCGCUCACGCUCAGUUCCUUGCCGAUGUGCGCAAGGAGCUACUACCCGUGGUCUCCAAAGUCACCCGGACUUUGCUCGACGACGUCAUGGCGUGUCUGUGGAUUAUCAGCACUCUGCUUGAGACGUCGGAACAUCUUGCUCGGGUGGUAUUAUCGAGCUUGACGGCCAUCCAAAAGCUGCGCAUUAUGAGCCAGAGGGAGCCUCUAGACGAGCUCAAAAUCCGCCAGUUUGCCCGGUACUCGCUCAUCGUAGGCAUGGCCGGCAAGCAUUGCAAUCUCGACAGCCACUUGGAGCUGUUCAAGAAGGGGUUUCCUAAAUGGAACGGGGAGACCGUCUCUAAGCUGAUGGUCGAUGUGGUCGUGCCGUUCGCCUCUCCGUCACAGCCUCUGGACGCGAGAAAGGCAGCGCUCGACUCGGUUGGGCUUGUGUGCCAGGCCUGGCCACGGAAUUAUGUGUCUGCCAACAUCUACACGGCCUUUCAAGGUGUCUUUGAUGAGCAGGUUCCCGCCCUGGAGUCUAUGAUUCUGCGAUCUCUCAAGGAGUUCCUCUUUACGGAGGAGAAGCGGUCUGAGCAAGCCUCUGAGGCGCCCGCUAUUAACGGAGCCAAAUCUGAGAAGAAGCGGGAGCUAACAGUCAUUGGCGGCACCAACUACGACGACGUGGCUAGUGCUACGACACAUCGGUUCCUGAAGGAGGUCACUCGCAUCGCAACCUCGACUCAGGACGACCACGCGUUCCUCGCCGUGGAGGUGCUCGCGAGCAUCAACCGACAAGGUCUUGUGCACCCGAAAGAAACUGGCGUAACGUUCAUAACCCUGGAGACAUCUUCGAAUCCGCGCAUUUCGGAGCUUGCCUUUCUCGAGCACAAGUCCCUUCACGGCAAGCAUGAGACCGUUGUCGAGCGCGAGUACGUGAAGGCGAUUCAAUCUGCUUUCGCGUACCAGAGAGACAUCGCCAAGGACCCUCGCGGUGCGACUACGAACCCCUUUACUCCGAAGCUGCAUCUGCUUAUGGAGGUCCUCAAGAUCAGCAAGUCCAAGAACCGUCAAAAGUUCCUCGAGAAGUUCUGCGCGCAAGUCAAUUUUGAUAUCGCCAAGCUUGAAAUCUCGGAGGAGAUCCCGCCCCAUGUUCAGUAUUCCCGCUUCAUCGUCGAGAAUCUAGCCUUCUUCGAGUACCUCACCGUCGGCGAGGUGCAUUGCAUCGUCUCGGCGAUGGAGAAGCUUGUCACGUCAACGGGCGCCACCGUCGCGCAGACGAUCGAGUCCGAAGUCUUCCAAGUCCGCAUGGACGCCAUCGAGCCUACCCCAUCUCAACCGCAACCGCAAACGGAACCGUCCUUUGAAACACUAGGCGAGCCGCAAUUCCAGCCCCAAGUUCCUCCGCCACCCCCCGAGCCAGAGGUCACCGUCGAACUCAGCCGUCUGCGCCAACUCACCGCCGGUUCCAUGAUCCUCCUCGCCCUGUGGGAAGUGCGCACCUUCCUCCGUCGUCUUUACAACAUGGGCACCACCACCCGGCGCGAGGGCGGCAAGGGAAAACCCCAGGCCAAAGACCUCUCCCGAGCCCCUAUCAAAUCCCAAGGCAUUACCGGUGACCGCGUCUGGGAAGAAAUCGGCACCAUCAUGACCUCCCUCACCGACCGCGGCCGCAUGAUGGACACGUGCAAGGCGCUCGUCGAGCUAAUGAACGUGGACAAGGAGUUCUUGGUGCCUGCCGAGGAGGACGAAGACAUGGACGUGGACGCGGACGGAGAAGUGGACCCUCUAGGCGGCGGCGGGCUAGACAGCGAGAUGGAGGAUGACGAUGCCGAGGUGCCGUCGGGCAGGCGCGGUAGGAAGCGCAAGGCCCAAGGCACCGCGGCGGCGGGACCGAAGAAGAAGCGUGCGAGGUCGGGGUCCCAAGCGAGGAAGCCCGGCAGGCCGAGGAAGCAGAGCGCUGAGGGUCAGGUUCAGCAGCAGGGCGGGUUGCUGAAUGGUGAUGGGGGGUUUGAUGACGGGGGAUGGUUCUGA